AUGCUUUACAUUGCUACUUUCCUGCAGCAUCUCCACCCUGGUAUUCUUGAGGCGAGAAAUGGUUCGCAAGAACCUCUCCCCACACUGAUGAAGCGAUUGGCAGAAACUGCCGUUAAGUUUGUCACGACAAACGACGAGUUUUUCGGUAGCAUUGAAGCACUGGAGUGUGUCAUGAUGGAAAGCACGUACCACCAUAAUGGGGGAAAUCUACGACGAAGCUGGAUAGCGAACCGGAGGGCUAUGUUUAUUGCACAAAUGAUGAACCUCCACCAAAGUGAAAGUCGAGCGAAAUACAAGGUCCUUGACAACGGAACGAACGCUCAUCCACAGUUCAUGUGGUUUCGAAUUGUUUCACUCGAUUGUAAUUUGUGCCUCAUGUUGGGCCUUACGCAAGGCUCCUUUGAUCAGAGCAUGGCCACUGGUACGGCAUACAGGGAUGACAUCCCUAUGGGUCGCCUUGAGAGGAUGCACUGUGCUUUUGCGUCUCGUAUAUUGGAGCGCAACGAGUCUGGCCUAUGCGCCAAUGACUUUGCCCUGACACAAAGCCUCGACUUAGAGCUACAGCAAGCGGGUAGAAGCAUGCCUAGCAAAUGGUGGCUUAUGCCGAACCUAGACCGUGUCAUCGACGACCCACAGGCUCUCUUUUUUUGA